UCUUCUGCUUGAAGUUACAAGUGAUUUUCCUUUAGGCGGCAACGGAUCGUCGGCAAAAUUCCGGAUUGCGUUAAAUCACUAACCGGAGGAACAAGUGCGUGUUUUUCUUCUCGGCGUCGAGUAAUUUGGCUGCGCUAUACACAUUCUGAUUCCUUGAUCAACAUCAUGAAAACUGCUGAUGCAUCUUUAUUCGGCAUGUUCUUCAAACACAAAGAUAAAAGUUCUCCAUCCGAUGAUGAUUCAGAGGACCUUGGUGAUGUUUUUGAUAGUGAGGUGAACUCUUACCUAAACAACAGGAAGGAGGCACAUUAUAAAAAGAUUAUUUGGGAGCAAAUUAACAAAGACUAUCUUCAGGACCAAGCAGCUAAGAAACAAGGCCUUAAUGUCGUUGGAGCUUCAGCUGUGGUUAAAAAAUCAAAGAAGCAGAGGCAAAGGAAAACAGAAGCUCCAAUAAACAUGCCUGCUCAAGCCGAUACAGGAACUACACGUGAAAUGCAAAUUAAAAAGAGGCUCAGUUCAAAAUUCAACUUUGACGUGUUGGACAAACUCUUCUCUGAUACACCUGCACCUGAUUCAAGCGAAAAGCAGGGAGCCUCAAGUUGUAAAGAGAAUAGUUCAUCUGGUCAAAUCCAUUGUAGGAACGAGCUGGAAGACGACUUCGAAGACAAUCUGAAUAGUUCAUCUGGUCAAAUCCAUUGUAGGAACGAGCUGGAAGACAACUUCGAAGACAAUCAUACUGAGACGAUGUUUGAAGAAAACUUCGACAUUGAAGGUGAAGAAGAUCCCACAGAAACUUAUGGUAAUGAGUAUUAUGAUUUCCAAGAUGAGGAAGAGUAUGGCUACGGAUACAAUGACUAUGGUGGUGAGGAGGAAUAUUAGUUGAUCAGUUAUUUACACAAAAGCUUCUUAAUUUUGCCCGAGGUCAUAAGAUAUUGAUUCCAGAUAACAACUAGAAGUUAAUGAGAGAGCUUUAAAUUAAUUUCGGGUGUUUGGUGACAGAUUUAGGAAAACAGCAAGAGUCAGUGUUUCUCUUUUUCCUUUCCUCUAUUGGAAGGAGCAAGAAAAUCAUGAGGGUACAUAUAAAGCGAGGCUUUCAUGAGUCAUGGGAUUGGGAGUGAUAGUGAGUUAUAUGACAAAAGAAAAAAACUUGGGUGGAGCCUCGGUUGCACCCAGUGAUACACAUCACUGCGAUUUGGGCAAUUUUUUUCCUUUCAAUUUUGUUUACUUUUGCUAUGUAUAAAAAAGGGGUGUGUUGGGAUUAAUCAUCCCUCAUGACAAAAAGAGGAGAAAGAAGCAUAAAUAGGAUUACUUGAAUGGGAGAAAUAAAAUCGUGCGUAUAUUUCAAGAAACGUGGCUGAACUUUGUCAGUUCCAAUUACUGUCUUGUUAUUUUUCAAUUCAGCAAAACAACCAAAUGCAUUAAUAUGAGCAUAUAUCAAGUAAUAUUAUUUUGUAAUCCAAUGUAUUUUUUGAAAAA